UUUGACAGAUAUGUGGCUAUAUGUAAUCCACUGCGAUACACGGCUAUAAUGACCAAUAAAAUGGUGGUUAAACUAUCAGCAUCAGCCUGGGGGCUGGCAGUAGUCAUGGUGUCAGUUCUGUUAGGACUCACUAUACGCCUAUCUCGCUGCAGAUCCAAAAUCGAAAACCCUUUCUGUGACAAUGCCUCACUGUUUAAACUGUCCUGUGAAAACGUGAUUGUUAAUAAUGUCUUUGGAAUAGUUUAUACUGUGAUUGUUUUUACCUUGUCACUUGGGUCUGUAUUUAUAACAUAUGGGAAGAUUGCUACUGUGUGCAUAACCAGCAAAAACAAAUCACUGAACAGCAAAGCCAUGAAAACCUGUAGCACUCACAUAGCUGUUUAUAUAAUCAUGGUUGUUUCUUGUGCCAGUUUUAUUUUUCUUCAUCGUUUUCCUGAAUACUCUGAAAGCAGGAAACUAGCUAGUAUAAUGUUCCACAUUGUACCACCAGGACUAAAUCCUGUAGUAUAUGGUUUA